AUGUCUACUCCACGGACCCUGGCUUUUCUUGCAGCGGCGCUCUGGUGCGCAUUCGCCAUAGUGUCGGCAGAAUUCACACUGGAGCUGAAGCGCGAUGCAGGAUCGUCGGCACCGAACCCGACAAACGACAAGGCGUUGCUGGAUGGGAUUGUGGCCAAGUACUUGAGGAAUGCGGAAUCAUACUACAAAAAUACAGGGAAGCAUGCGCGGUUUGUGAAUUCGACGAAACUGAAAAAGCGGGGGUGGCUAGGCACGGCUUCGCUUGGUAUGCUUGAGCAGAAUUGGAACGUACAGCUCGAGUUCGGGUCAGACAAGCAGAAACUGUAUGUCAAGUUCGACACGGGAUCGCCAGACGUGGUGAUGGAUGGGCGCGGAUACGAUCCAUCAUCGUCAUCCACGGCCAAGGAUCUAGACACGCCGUUUGAGGCAGGCUACGGCAGUGCGCAUGCUGCGGGGAAGGUGUAUACGGAUACGAUUGCGAUGGCAGGCAUCGAGGCGAAGGACGUCUGGAUCAGCGUGUCGGAUGACCCGUUCCUGACGAUGAACAGGGACGCUGGGCUGAUUGGUCUUUCAUGGCCGGUGCUGAGUUCGUUGUAUUCGCGCGAGACGACGUUCUACGAGGCGUUCAAGCAGCAGAAGCGUCUUAGACGGAAUGUGUACCAGUUUACGCUCAAGUCACAUGCUACGUCGCAUCUUGACGUGGGCCAUGUCAACAGGAUGAGAUUCCUGGGCCUUGUGGGCUGGGUGAGCGUGAAUCCCGAUGAUGGAUACUGGAAGACGGAUGUGAACAUCAAUGGAGACGACUACACGGGGAUUAUCGACACGGGGACGACGUUGAUUGUAGCGAGCAACGAGAAGAUGAAGAGCCUGCUGAGCAAGCUUGAUGGAGUGACGCUCAAACAAGACGAUGAAGGGAACUACCAGGGCUGGUACGACUGCAAGAAACCGCCCAAGAUCAGCUUCCGCGUCGGAGGCAAGCGUUUCACGAUGCCUCGAAAGACGAUGAAGUACUGGCAAAAUGGGAAUGAAUGCCGGCUUCCGUUUACUGGACUAGAUGGGUUUUCGGAUUGGAUCUUUGGGACGCCGUUUUUGGAGAUGGCUUCCGUCGUGUUUGACUUUGACAAUGCACGACUUGGAUUUGCUUCGCAGUCAUGGUUGCCGUGA